CUUCAAUUGACUAUGCUUGUAGCCUCAAUGGCACGGAAGAUAUAUCUGAGCCAGGGAAUUGGAGUUGGUGGUUUUCAGAAAAUCUAUGGGGGGCGCAAGAGGAACGGAAGCCGUCCACCGCAUUUCUGCAAGAGCAGUGGUGCGAUUGCUCGUCACAUUUUGCAACAAUUGGAGACGAUGAAUAUCAUUGAAAUCAACCCUAAAGGUGGAAGGAAGAUUAGUUCUCAAGGGCAGAGGGACCUUGAUCAAGUAGCUGGACGUGUCUGACGACUUUCAAAUAUCUUUGGGCCCAUUUUUAUCAGCAUGGAGAUGUGAGUUAGACUUGUUUUGGCCAAUUGUCUUUUAAUUUCGAACUUCACUAAACAAUGAACGUAAAAAAUUGGCAGAUAAUGGAUAUCUUAUGCCAUGCUAGGACUGAUAUAUUUGCUUGCCAAUGUAUCUGUUUCCCGUUUUUCUUGAUUAUCCUCAGUAAGAAUUAAUCAGGCUAAUAGACUUUGAUGGCUGGUCGUCUAUUCCAUUUCACCUGCAUAGGGCUUUUGUUCCGCAGAUGUUUAAAUCCCACUGACAAUCAUGCAUUAGUUUACACCCCUCUCCUUUAUCUCCUCGAUCGUUAGUAUCUUACACUAUAGACUCCAUGUGCCCAAAGGUCAGGAGGCCCCUAAAAAUUUUAUAGGAAUGGGCUCACGGGAAGUGACUUGAGCCCUGGCGGUGCCCUCUGCCCAAGGAAAAUGGACAACUCUAUUGAAACAAAUUGAAGUGACAAUGAUGGUUUUGUGAUGUAACGAUCAUCCAGGAGCUCAUCCAGAAAUGCAAAAGCUGCCAACAAGUCUGGCUUACUAGCACACUUGUUAGAGCAGCAAAAUGGGUAGGAGUAUCCUUUUGAAUGGCUAAUCCUUGGCGAUUCUUUCAACUAAGUUCCUUGUCUGAAAUUCAAAGUAAAGAUAGUUGGAAAGUUAGAUGAGUCUCGUUUUCAUAUUCACUUUGAACUAGCAAAAACUACAGGUGUUGCCAAAAGAAGUCAUCGGGAGAAGUAGGUACACGCCUACAAAAAAGAGACGCCAUCUUUAAUAUUUAGAGUUAGCAGUAGGCACACGCCUAGAAAAAAAAAAAGAGGAGAAGCCUAGUGCAUGGUAUGGGGCGGCUUCGGUUCUGAUGUUUCCGAGUGAAUUAUACAAAUGCUAUUUCACAUUGCAAAUUACAUUGCCAACACAACAUUGGACGGGCUGUCUCUUGAUAAAGCCAAUGCAUAUUAAAUAAAAACAAACAUUAUCAUAAAUUAUAACACAUUGCUCUUUUUUUAACAUACUAAACUUCUUGCCCCACGAUUAAUAAACAACUUGGAUUAGGCUCUUAAUUAAUAAGCUGCUGUCUGCACUGUACCAUUUCAAUCAGCAGAUGUCCACGUAUUUGCUUGCAAUUCUCAGUGUCGGCAGCUGAUUCUUUUUCAGCUUUUCUUAGUGACAUGGCUCAUGAUUGAAAUGAGGCAUCUCAGUUAAGACAUAGGGUAUUGUCACAUAAGGUAUUGAGGUCUAAAUUCGGUGUGUCCGAGCAUACCUUCUUUCAUGUCUUGCCACCUACACUAAUGAUUAAUAGUCAUCUAUGAUUUAUCUCUUUCGUGUUAGUUUAAGAAUAGAUUAACGGGGUAUUGGAAACGACGUGAUCGUUUUUUGUCACAUGAUUAAAAUGAACGCUACCAUUGUAAGGCAUGAGUUAGAUAAAUCCUUUUUUUAGAUAAAUCCAAAAUAUUAAUUUUUGUACAUAUAUAUGCCUAUGACAUUGUCCUCAACCUGAGCUUUAAUUAAGUAGGUCUUACAUCCAAACAAUGAUCACCUAUCCUUUGUGUAAAAAUCAGGUGAUAACGUUCAUGAUGCUUUUUCACGGUUUGUCCCAAAGCGUACGGCCUUAUACCAUCCAAGUAGCCUGAGCAAUGAUCACUUAUUCCUUUUUUUUUUUUUUUGAUGAAUCUUUUUAUAUGUUUUUUUUAACUGAUCAAUUAUCAUUUGAUCAUUAGGGACAAAGGUUUUGACGCAUUUGUCAGUUUAAACAGAAACGGAAAAUGUAUAUCAAGUACCGAUUCAGUUAAAGUUUCGAAAUUGCUAUUCAGGGUUAACUUCACAAAGAAACUCAAAGGAAACAAUAGAAAAAUCAUGAACAGUAUCCUGCAUAAUAGAUGCUUAAAAGUUUGUCAAUAAGCUAUUAUUAGUUCCUGAAUUAUUCGAUGGCCAAGCUGAUUUUUUUUUUAAACAAAAUUUUCAGCAAUGGAGGCUUCUUGGAUCAAUGAAAGCGAUUCGUUUUUUUUAUUAUGAAUUUUAGUACGAAUGCAUCCUUGUGGCCUCACCUCCACCAAAUGAACUGACCUGACCCGUCACCUAAGUCAUUUCAUCCUUUCCUAUUACUCCCCAAUUCCUUAGCAAACAAAACCAGAAGCUACUUAACCAGAUUCUCGGCCAUUACCUUUGUAUACAAAUGAAGUAAACCUGUUAAUUAGCUACCCUAACAGACUGAAAGCAUAGUCUUAUUGAUAAGUUAUAAUGGAUUGAAAUUGGCUGAUACAGUGAUAUGUGAUUUCUGAACAGAGGUUUAGCUAGUGUCGGCUGAUGUGUUAAGACAAUGCACCUACCAUUACAAUUCUUUAUGCUUGCUACGUGUCACCAACUUCUAACAGCAUCUCAAUUCCCUACUCUUGUUCAUCACAAAGCUAAUUAUAUCUGUGUUUGUUUUAGUUUAAUUUGAUAGUUACUGUAAGUUGCAUAUUCCACUGAAAACCAUGCACUGCCUACCUUGAAGUUGGUAGCUUUCCAAUAGUUUAUAUUCCUCAUGGAUUCAAAGAUGGAAGCCAAUUGCAAUCUCGCUUGCUUCUUCUUCCAUGGCUCUCGUGAUCAUGAGGAGCUCUAUCAAUGUCUUCUUCAACGGCUACCAGUCUUUUACCUCCAUUGCUGCUCUGCUCGUCUUGCCGGUUUCGACUUCCAUUUUGUUGUCGCAGGCGAUGGUUCCGUUGUCGGGGCCCGUCAUCAAGACUAUCUCUCUCCGGCUGUCGGCCAUGUUCCUGGCCGCGAGGUUCCCUGCUUCGUCGGACUUCUUCGCCCUGCUCAACUUGAAGCUCUCGCAGACCGUGUUCACCUUCGUGGCCACGCUUCCGCUUGUCCUCACGCUCCUCCUCGUGGCCAAGGCUUGCGUCAUCCUCGUCGUGUGUGGCGGCCGGAGGAGCCGGCAUGGGUCGCCGCCGUUGUCCGCCGCUCUGCGCCGCUACUGCUCGAUUCUGCCUACACACCUCUUCAACUCCUUCGUCAUCCUCUCCGCCAACGCCGCCGUCUUCGCCUUCCUAUUCCUCGCCUUCAACGCCGCCGACGCCCUCAGCGUGGCUUCCAACUCCGCCCUCCUCCUCCUCCUCCUCUCCGCCGCCGGAACCGUCCUGUACUCCGUCGUGAUCGCCAACGCUACCGUGAUCUGCAACCUGGCCAUCGUCGUGGCCGCCGUGGACGGCUGUGGCGGGCUGCUCCCGGUGCUCAAGGCAUGCUUCCUCGUGAGGGGGCAUGCGUCGACGGCCCUGACACUGGCUUUACCGGCCAACCUCGGAAUGGCCGCUGUGGAGGCUCUGUUCCAGUACAGGGUGAUCCGGCAAUACAACAUUUCAGGGGAAUUGAGCUCGUCUUUGCUGUGGGAGGCCAUUUCCAUCGUUUACUUGUACGCAUUGCUGCUCGUUCUCGAGGUCAUCAUGAAUUGCAAGUUGUACGAAGCUUGCACACUUGCGAAUAAACAUGAGCACGAGCAUGAUCAUGGAGAAACCGGAGCCAGAGGAAAAAACUGCGCGAUUUGUUUAAAUUAUGAUCAAUAACUUUGUUCGUUGACAGAGUUCAUCGUCCAAAUCAAUGCUUUGGGACUGUACAUGUGAACGAAAAUGCAGUAUUUCCUGGAAAAUUCCAUUUUAAUUACUGCAGGAACUUUCCAAUGAGCAUGACAUGGAUCUCACACUGCUGAAACUCAAAAGUGGCAGUUUCGGUGCUCAUGGUUUGGAAAUGAUGAGCAAAAUUCUCCUAGCAAUUGCUGCAUUAUGAUUUUGUUUCAAAAUAUCAAUUUCCUUUCCAUCAGCUGUUUGUGCGAGCUUCGAGGACAGAAAGCAACAGAAGAGCAUGGAAGUUGUGAAGGACC